ACACUGUGUACAACUGCUUUUCAAAAUGGCGGUAGGCACGUUUGCGCAGUUUGCGUGAUGGCUGCCGACGACUUAGUUGGGUCGCUUGAGGAGCAAGCUUUGAAGCGGAAGGAACGUCUUCGCGCAUUGCGUGAGAAAAAAACAAGUGCCAACGACGCUGAAGACAAACCAGCGGCGUCUCUGCCAAAGCCCGUGUUUCGAUCGUACAGACCCGAAGACGAGGCGCUGAAGGAGUCGGUGAUUCCGGACAUCUCUCCCGCUGCCAUCGAACAAGAGAUCAAGGAGAAAAUUACCGUCGGCGAUCCAGAGCAACUCGCCAAGGAGGUCGACCUCGCGUCGCUCGCACCGAGGAAGCCCGACUGGGACUUGAAGCGCGACGUGUCCAUAAAGCUGGAGAAACUGGAGAGGCGCACGAGGAGGGCCAUUGCCGAGUUGAUCCGCGAACGCCUUAGCAGCGGCGGCGACCUAGCCUCGGCUGUGAACACGGCCAGCGGGCCGCAGAACAUCGAUUCCGACUGAAUUCAUGGCAGGAGCGCGGUGGAGCCUGCGGCCGGCCGACGGAAAGGCCUAGCGUAGGAAGGGCGCACAGAGAGAUGACAUGGACACGGAGUGUUCGGGCGAGACUGGAGAGUG